GCUGUGCUGCUGGGCGCUGCUGUGCUGCCAGGCGGCCGCGCCGCCGCCCCAGUGCCGCGAGACAGAUUACCACUUUGAAUACACCGAGUGUGAUAGCAGUGGAUCCAGAUGGAGGGUGGCUGUCCCCAACCCAGCAGUGGAGUGCUCCGGAUUACCAGACCCUGUGAAAGGGAAAGAAUGCACUUUUUCAUGCGCUUCUGGAGAGUACCUGGAAAUGAAGAACCAGGUGUGCAGUAAAUGUGCCGAGGGGACCUAUUCCUUGGGGAGUGGGAUCAAAUUUGAUGAAUGGGAUGAACUGCCAGCAGGAUUCUCCAAUGUGGCAACUUUCAUGGAUACUGCUAUCGGCGCAGCUGAGAAUAAAGCAGACAGCUGUGACAACUCCUCGUGGACGCCUCGUGGGAAUUACAUCGAGUCUAAUAGGGAUGACUGCACAGUUUCUCUGAUCUACGCAGUUCAUUUGAAGAAGUCUGGCUCUGUCUUCUUCGAAUACCAGUAUAUUGACAACAACAUCUUCUUUGAGUUUUUUAUUCAAAACGACCAGUGCAAGGAGAUGGAUUCCACAGCAGACAAAUGGGUGAAGCUAACAGAUAAUGGUGAAUGGGGCGCUCAUUCUGUAACUUUGAAAUCAGGCACAAAUAUAUUAUACUGGAGAACAACGGGGAUUCUCAUGGGGUCAAAAGUGGUGAAACCUGUCCUAGUGAAAAACAUCACAAUUGAAGGAGUUGCGUAUACAUCUGAAUGCUUUCCAUGCAAACCUGGUACAUUCAGUGAUAAACCAGGGUCUUCCAACUGCCAAGUGUGCCCAAGAAAUACCUAUUCAGAGAAAGGAGCUAAGGAAUGUACCAAAUGUAAAGAAGCAACACAUUAUGCAGAUGAGGGAUCUAGUCAGUGCAUGGAGCGUCCUCCUUGUACGAACAAAGACUUCUUCCAGAUCCAUACACCGUGUGAUAAGGAAGGGAAGACUCAGAUCAUGUAUAAAUGGAUAGAGCCUAAAAUCUGUAGGGAAGAUCUUCGGGAUGCAAUGGAGCUACCCCCUUCUGGAGAGAGGAAGGACUGUCCUCCCUGCAACCCUGGGUUUUACAAUAAUGGAUCAUCUUCCUGCACACCUUGCCCUCAGGGCAUGUUUUCGGAUGGGACACAGGAAUGCCAGGCCUGCCCAGCUGGGACUGAACCAGCUCUUGGGUUUGAAUAUAAAUGGUGGAACAUACUGCCAGCCAAUAUGAAGACUUCUUGUUUUAAUGUUGGAAAUUCGAAGUGCGAUGGAAUGAAUGGUUGGGAGGUGGCUGGUGACCAUAUUCAGAGCGGGGCAGGGGGCUCUGACAAUGAUUUUCUUAUCCUGAAUCUGCACAUCCCAGGAUUUAAACCUCCAACGUCAGUGACUGGAGCAACUGGGUCGGAACUAGGACGGAUUACAUUUAUUUUUGAGACCAUCUGUUCAGCAGAUUGCGUGCUGUACUUUAUGGUGGAUGUUAAUAGAAAAAACACUAAUGUGGUGGAAUCCUGGGAAAGAAGUAAAGAGAAACAGUCCUACACUCACAUUAUCUCCAAAAAUGCUUCUUUCACGUUCACAUGGGCCUUCCAGAGAAUAAACGAAGGCCAGGAUAGCAGGCAAUUCAUCAAUGACAUGGCGAAGAUCUACUCAAUCGUGGUGACCAACGCUGUGGAUGGAGUGGCCUCAUCUUGUCGGGCCUGCGCGCUGGGUUCGGAGCAGUUCGGUUCAUCCUGCGUGCCAUGCCCAGCUGGACACUACAUUGAGAAGGAAACCAACCAGUGCAAGGAAUGCCCAGCCAACACCUGUCUAUCCGUACAUCAGGUGUAUGGCAAAGAGGCUUGUGUCUCUUGUGGGCCUGGCAGUAAAAGUACCAAGGACCACUCCACGUGCUUCAGUGACUGCUUGGUGUCGUAUUUGAAGGAUAACCAGAGCCUGAAUUAUGAUUUCAGUAACCUCAGUGGGGUGGGCUCGUUAAUGAGUGGACCCAGCUUCACGUCUAGAGGAACCAAAUUCUUUCAUUUCUUUAACAUCAGCCUAUGUGGGAAUGAGGGGAAGAAGAUGGCCAUUUGCACUGACAACAUAACGGAUGUCACUCUAAAGGAUAUGGUGGCUGAAUCAGAAGAUGAUUCAAACUUCAUGGGAGCUUUUGUGUGCCAGUCUACCAUCAUCCCAUCUGACAGCAAGGGGUUCAGGACAGCCCUGGCUCUGCAGUCCAACAGUCUUGCUGAUGCAUUUUUAGGAGCUACAGUGGAAACCACAUUGGAAAAUAUUAGCAUGAAAACAGAAAUGUUUCCACCUUCUCCAAGGAAAAUACCUGAUGUGCAUUUCUUUUACAAGUCUUCCACAGUUACAACCUCUUGUGAAAAUGGACGUGCAACCAUUGUGACAAUGAGAUGUGACCCCUCCAAACCCAAUCAGGGAGAUAUUUCAGUUCCCAGCUCAUGCCCUGCCGGCACCUGUGAUGGAUGCACAUUCUACUUCAUGUGGGAAAGUGCUGAAGCCUGCCCUUUGUGCAUGGAGCAUGACUACCAUGAGAUUGAGGGAGCUUGCAAAAAAGGAUUUCAGGAGAUCCUGUAUGUAUGGAAUGAGCCAAAGCAGUGCAUCAAAGGGGUUUCCUUGCCAGAGAAAAGGAUCAGUACCUGCGAAACAGUGGACUUCUGGUUAAAAGUUGGAGCAGGUGUUGGGGCGUUCACAGCUGUCCUACUCAUAGCCUUGACCUGCUACUUCUGGAAGAAGAAUCAGAAGCUGGAGUAUAAAUAUUCCAAAUUAGUGAUGACAGCAAACUCAAAAGAGUGUGAGCUCCCAGCUGCUGACAGCUGUGCUAUCAUGGAAGGGGAAGAUAAUGAAGAGGAAAUAGUAUAUUCAAAUAAACAGUCACUUCUGGGAAAGCUCAAAUCAUUGGCAACAAAGGAGAAAGAAGAUCACUUUGAAUCUGUUCAGCUGAAAUCUUCAAGAUCCCAAAAUAUAUGACGAUUUAUUGCUGCCUUCAAAGAAACAAACCUGAUUUCUAUUUUUACAGGACCACAUUUUAAACACAUUCUGACAUACAUCUUAGUGGUGAUCUCUCUAACAAAAGUUUAGCUUGAGAGAGAAGUUGAAGAUCAAAACAAAAGAGUGGGUUGCCUUAUCACGUGAUCGAGUACCUUGCCAAAAAGGAAAGCAGACACUUGGAUUCCAUACUGAAAAUGAAAUUUAACUCAGGAAGAGAGAGACAUUCUGCCAAUGACAUGAGAUAUUCACCUGGGCAUUGCUCAGGCAUGUAAUGUGAUUUAUAGGUACCUAUCACUUUUUCUCACUCCUUCCACACACAUCAUAAGAAAUUAUUCUUCUGAGAGACUGGAAAUCUUCUACAAAGGUUCUGCACUGUUCCUUUUGUAGCAUUUCAAGUCUUUCUUAAAAUGGUCAACGGUACUUGAAGGGGAAGAAACAUAGAUGAGUUUUGAUUCUUGGAGAGGAUAAUACUUUAGAAGGUCAGGGCCUUGUUACACCUUACACUGUGAGCCGCACAAUUGUUGAUUGGUGUUAGUGCUAGCUUGGAAUUUGGAGCAGUCACACGCUUAGUCUGGGGUGACACAACUUUGAUCUGCCUAAUGAGUGUUUAAAACCGCUUUAAGAUGUUAAAGUGCGGACAAUCCAGGGGUUAAGAGCUCCACAAGCUGCCCAAAAUUACCAUGUAACAAGGCUCUAAGUGUUUUGCAACAGCCUCUAAUGUAGCAGGCACAAUUUUACAUUUACAGGUCGAACCCAUUUAGAUGCCAAUGUAAUAACAAUCUUGGCGGGAUUAAAUUUCAGAAGCCCUGGGAGCGUCUACAUGAGAUGUUACACUGCUGUAAUGAUGAGCUAUGGCAAUAUAGUUCAUCUCUAUGGCGACGUAGCAUCAGCAGGCACAAAGUGUGACACUGAUGCUACUGCGCAUUACAAGCAGGGUCAGAAAUGACCCAUGUGGUGCUGAGACUAUGUAGUAACAGCAGUUACUGUGCAGUCAUUUAGUACUUGCUAAAGUACUCGCUGCAAGUAUUAGAUAACUGUGCAAUAACAACUGUGUAGUCAGGGGCACAUGUAGACUUGCCCCCUGGACCUCGAUGUGUGAGCUGCUGCUGUGUGCCCAGAUCCACUAGGUUAGAGGCAAUAGUUGAUUCAUAGCUUGUUUACAUGUUGUCAGCACUGAAGGGUAACCAAGACCCACAACAUGAAUGACACUUUUCUCUACCCAGGGCACCUACUCCAGAGCAUUCUCUCAGGAUGCUGAUUCAACAGCAGCUCAGUAUCCCAUAUGGACCACCAAUUGUGUCCCAACCUUCUAGGGUUCAUGUAAACUGAAGGAACUGAACCUUAGCUGUAAAAGCACAAACCUUUAAUAGAUGACCCAAAGGACCACUUCUUAGUUGGAAUCCUAUAUUACUGUCACAAAUCUGAGUACUAGAAGAGGAUAGUGAUCCUCAGUGGGUGUACCUACACGUGCGCUUUAAUGUGCAGUAGCCUAUUUUACUGUGCAUUAGAGCGCCGUGUAAAAAAAGUACUGUUAUGCUAAUGUUUGGUAAAAUAGGCUAUUGCACAGUAAGCGUCACUUAAAAAGUGUGUGCUUGAACUACUGUGCAUCAGGGCAGCCUAAUACACAUUGAUUUAGUACCUCACAUUGGAAGCACUAAAUUUAGUGCGCAUUAGGAAAAGUGCAUUAAUGCACGUGUAGACACGCCUAGUGGUAUUAAUGUGGGUUAACAUUUUAAAUUGGUUCCUCUUUCAAUGGGAGCAACUGUUUGCUUUUAAAUGAGGGCACAAGAUGGUGCCUAGGAAAUUGAAAGCUAAGUGGAGAUCCUUUAAAAAUCAGGCCUAGAAAAUCACUGAAUAAUCCACCCCAUCAAAAGCAUGUGAUCUGCAUAAUAUCCAAUCUAUCAAAAACUAAUUUCCUGAAAUUCCUGUCUGAGUUGAACUCAUGAUUAAUUAAAACUUGGGUCUAAAAAUCUUUAAAUCUGAAAAUCAUGCAGGCAAAAGUUGUGUAUUGCUAGGAGGAGAUAAGGAACCAAUCUUGACUGUCCCUCUAGGCAUACACAUGUUUGCAUUACAAUAAACUAUAUGAAUUGACAUGCAUAUGAAACAUUGGAAAAGACACAUAGGCAGAAAUGGUAGUUUUAUUAUAAAGAAUAUAGAUCUGUUAUUUUAUAUGACUGCGCUGCAUCAACCCCUAUGGCAACAGCCCACUUUUAAAUUAAAUUAAAUUAAAACAGAUUGUUCUGCAUUCUGAAUAUUUUAUUGUAUUCUAAGAUGUCGAAGAAAAUUUUAUGAAGAUUAGAGGUUUUUCUUUCUUGUUCAGGGAAAUUUUACUUAAUUAUUUUAUAUAUCCAAUUGCAGAAACUGGGGUUUGUUCUUUUGACGGGAAAUACUUUGGACACCUUAACAGGUGUUGAAUAUACUUUUUGUUCAUGAAACUGCACUUCAUUUGCUAGAAAAGGAUUUUUAUGAGGUGUCGCACCAUAUUGGAAUAUUGUUGAAUGUAAAUUAAAUGCAUUCCUUUUUGUAUAUUUUGUACCGUUAUGCAUUUAUUAUUGUACAUUGUAUUUGCUGUCAUUAUAUCAUCGACACACAUCAUCAGUGACAUGUUUACUUAGUAAAUGGCAAUGGCUUUGGGAUUUCAGUUCUUUGCUGGUCUUUUAUGAAGAUAUUUCUAAAAUUUUUUUUAUUCAAUUAGUGUGCUGUAGCAUCAAAGAUUUUUAUCUGAUCGGCAUUCAUAAAGUAAAAAUAAUAUGUGAAACUUCAGAUUGGAGAUCUUUAGUAGAACCGCAGCCUACAUUGAGCUUUUAGUGAUGGAUGGAGUUACAGAAUUCCCACCUUCCACAUAGUUCUGCCUGUUACCAGUGUUUCUGUCUCUUAAAUGUCAAGUAGCAGCCCUUAUCUGUACAUAAUUUCCAAGCCAUUGAGAAAGAAUUGGGAUUCUUAUUCUACCAUUGGAGCCAGGUCUCUGAGAUAUCAAAAUGCCUUAAAUUUAAAUGAACUAUAUUUCGGUUGGUUCAUACCAAGGAGGGUUUGUUUGGGGUUUCCCUUGGAAUUUAUCCAAUUAGCUACAAAACAGCACUCUUUGUCAGCUCCUGCAGACUUUAGUAUAUGGCAGUUUUUUAUCUGUGGUUCCAAAUGAUCUGUCACGUUAUUAUACAAUAUUCUUUCAAGCGGUCUAAAAAUACUGGUGCAGUACUAUGGAAAUAGACACAAACCGGUCCUACAGAAAUGAUUGAAGUUAAGUUUAAAAUAAUACCAUGGAAUUUUCCAGCAGUAAGCAAGUUAGUUCUGAUGUCUUUUAGCUGGUUUUCACUAUUCCUCUUUCCUCUCCCUGAAGAUACAAGGAGAAAAAUGUUAUUUUCAUUUUCCGAUAAAAGGCACAGUUUGGAAGCCUUAAACAAUUCAUUAAGUAAACUGUUGCCUAUGACAUCUUCUGUUACUUGAUGCCAUAAAACAAUGAGAAUCAGUCUGUUAUGUGUUCAGUUGAUUAAAUGGGAUACAUUUUAUUACAGCAUUUGCAUGCUUUCCUUUUAACUUGGGAACCAAGCCACUGAAUCUUUUCAGGGAUUAGAUACAUUAUAGUGGUGUCUCUGUAUAAAUUAUUGGCAAAUCAAGCAUGGAUAUUAUCAUUUUUGCCUUGACAGUUUUUGCUUGGGGAAGAAUGUACAGAGAACUUUCUUGAAGUCAGAUUUUCUAAGUAAAUCAGGCUGAAAUGGCGUAAAUCAGGAUGGCUCCAUUAGACUCACGGGGAGGUACUUUGUUUUACACCAUUAGAGGAUCUGGUUCUACAGGUCAAAUUGCAAUGUACCGUCCCCCCUUGGUUCUAAUUACAUUUGCUGGUAUUCGUGAUGCAUUAUACACUUGAUUUGGAAUCUGAAUUCUCAAAUGUCAAGUAGAAGCCACAUCGUAGAUCUAGGCAAUUGCAAUCUAUCCUAGUUAAAGGAGGAUUGUUAUUAUUAACUAUUUAAAAGGAGUCUUUGAGAUUAUGGGUCUUGCAGGAGGACACUUGGGAUCCGUUCAUUUGCCUGUGCUAAGAGACUUAGUGGGAUCCCGCAAGGGUGGGAUACUUGAUUAUAACCAGAAAAGAUAGCAAUGGAUAUUGCUACCCGGGAACAUUGACCGAUUUCCAACAGCGGCCAGUAGCAGAUGCUUUGAAGUAUGAUUGAAAACACUCAAAAGCAUGCCUACCAUUGAUGUUUCUUCCUGCUAAGGGUUGCUUUAGGUCCUGAAACGUGAAGGGACAGAGCCUUUGCACUGCUGUCCUAGCUAGUGCAAGGGUGGAUGAUAAUUUUUACUAUUCAUAAAAUGUCAAACCUUCCAAAACUUUGCUUCAGUGAUAUUAUGGAGUGGUGGGUACUACUUAACUUUGUUCUCCCCUCUCUUCUUUCUCCUUAUUUGUCAACAUGACCUACGUGCAUUCUUAACUUUCUUCCUUCGGAGGUAUUGAAUUCAUGGUAUCUUGGGGAGUAGUUGUAUAGGUAAGGUAGAAGAAACGUAUGAAAGCUGCAACUCAGAAUAUGCAGACAUGAGAUGGCAAGAGCACCUAUGACUUCAUGGACACGCUGUCAGUUCGACAGUGUGAUACAGCAAGGAAUGGGGAAGAGUUGCAACACGCAAGAUGUUCAGAAGCUACUGCAAUGUUUUGGCCAUACUCCUAGCUGUGGGAAGUUGAAGCUUACUGGGAAGCAAACUGCUCAUGUGCUGAUGUAGGAAGCCAUACUGGAUGAGAUUAUUGGUCCGUUUAAAGGACUCCAAACCCAAAGGAGGGAGCAUGUAUGUGUUUAUCUGUGUGCUUGGUGAAAUCAAAACUGGGGAUGAAUGAAUGCUGGGAGCUUUGGUUUUAUGUGUAACCUCCCUACACUAGAAUUCCCCAGGAACCUAUUUUCAGAGGGGUCUGCCGAAGAUCAGGCUGACACACUCCCAGAUCUUGUUGAAUGCUGAAUCCUUGUUGCACCGUGGUUCUUCUAUGUUGAUUAUGUUGCAUCUGUUUUGGUUUGUUUUGGAUAUUUGAACCCUUUAUUUUGUCUAAUAAAAGUUUGCCAG